AUGGCCUCUGCUGAGUUAAUCGCCGCAGAAUCAGAAUGGAGGCAGCAGUUUGCAACUAUGCGAGCUGCCCUCACCAAUCUCAAUCUUCCCCCAUUGCCCAAAGUAGCAGAGAAGUGUGUUGAAGAAGUCGAUCUCGAAGAUUACUCAUCCGGGACCGGGAGCCAGGAUGUUUGGGACUUCAUAUCAGACGAUGAACAAGAUGAUUCUAGCAGCGACUUUGCCGAUGACGAUGCCGAAGCGGGGGCUGCUGGUGAUGCAUCAUUCAACAGUCCUAGGGAAUGGUUUUUUGACAGGUCUGUAGCGAUUGCCGUCGACACUGGCCUCUCCCCAGAUGUCUUCCAAAGCCAAAUUAUGAGCCUUCUUGCCUCAUCUCGGGCAGAUAAUGAACUCCAGGCUCAGCUAACUGACUUGGUUGGAUUUGACCAUCUCGAUUUCAUCAUUGAUCUUCUCUCUAAAAGGGUGGGUAUUGUAGCUGCAUCGAAUGCUCAAAACGAGCACGCCGCAUCACGCCAAUUAUUAACCAAAUCUGAGCGAGAGGCUGCUCUGAGACGCCAGGACCUUGAACACAAAUCCGCUUCUCUUGCCCCUGCCUCCAAGAAGGAACCGCAGUACCCUCAUGUGUACAGGUCAUAUCAAGCAGGAAAUACCUUGAGUUUUGCUGGGAAGAAGUACGGCCUGCCUGUGGGUAGUGAACGCCAUCAGUUUGAAAAGUAUGAAGAGUACUCUGUCCCGGCAGGGCGAAAAGGUACUCUAGGCCCUGGGGAGAAGCUGGUCAAGAUUACCGAUCUUGAUGGGUUGUGUCGGAAUACAUUCAAAGGCUACAAGUCACUCAACCGCAUGCAGAGUCUGGUCUUUCCCGUGGGAUACAAGACAAAUGAAAACAUGCUCAUCUGUGCUCCCACCGGUGCGGGUAAAACUGAUGCCGCCAUGCUAACAAUUCUGCAUACGAUUGGACAGCACGUCUACCCCAACCCCACGGAGAAUCCUGAGGCAACGGAGUUUGCUGUUGACAUAGACGACUUCAAAAUUGUCUAUGUAGCCCCUAUGAAGGCCCUGGCUGCUGAGGUCACUGAGAAACUGGGCAAACGUCUGGCAUGGCUGGGUAUCAAGUGUCGCGAAUACACUGGUGACAUGCAGCUGACAAAGUCUGAAAUUGUCCAAACCCAAAUCAUUGUCACCACCCCAGAAAAGUGGGAUGUUGUUACAAGAAAAGGCACCGGCGAUACGGAGCUCGUCCAGAAAGUGCGACUCCUCAUUAUCGACGAAGUCCAUAUGUUACAUGAUGAGCGUGGAGCGGUCCUCGAGUCCCUCGUUGCUCGAACGGAACGACAGGUUGAAAGCACGCAAUCACUUAUUAGAGUUAUUGGACUCAGCGCCACUCUGCCCAACUACGUUGAUGUUGCCGACUUUUUGAAAGUCAACAAGCACGCCGGAUUGUUCUACUUCGAUGCUUCAUUCCGUCCUGUACCACUAGAGCAGCACUUUAUUGGAGUCAAGGGCAAGGCAGGAUCAAAACAAUCCAAGGAGAACUUGGACAAUAUCGCGUUUGACAAAGUUAAAGAGAUGUUGGAAAAGGACCACCAAGUCAUGGUUUUUGUGCACUCGCGACGGGACACUAUGGUUACAGCUAGGAUGCUUCACCAAAAGGCAAUUGAGCAAUUUUGCAUGGAACUAUUUGACCCAAGCGGACAUCCUAAGUACGAUCAAGCCUCCCGAGAUAUGAAAUCAUCACGGGCUAAGGAUAUCCGUGACCUUCUUUCCAAGGGAAUUGGAAUCCAUCAUGCCGGCAUGGCAAGGGCAGACAGGAAUCUCAUGGAACGGCUAUUCGCCGACGGCGUUCUCAAAGUGCUCUGUUGCACUGCCACUCUAGCUUGGGGUGUGAACCUGCCUGCCGCAGCCGUGGUCAUCAAGGGCACGCAGGUUUAUAGUGCCCAGGAUGGCAAAUUUGUCGACCUCGGAAUCCUCGACGUGCUGCAAAUCUUUGGCCGUGCCGGCCGCCCCCAGUUCGAAGAUACUGGCAUAGGCAUGAUCUGUACCACCCAGGAUAAACUUCAACAUUACUUGACCGCUAUAACCGAACAGCAGCCAAUCGAGUCCAAGUUCUCCACCAAGCUGGUAGACAAUCUGAACGCCGAAAUUGCACUGGGAACGGUGACAUCAAUUCAGGAUGCUGUUCAAUGGAUUGGCUACUCGUACUUGUUUGUUCGCAUGCAGAGGAGUCCAACCUCAUAUGGCAUUGAGUGGGCGGAAAUUCGCGAUGACCCAACUCUCGUGCAGAGACGACGCCAGCUAGCUAUCCAAGCUGCAAGAACUCUGCAACAGUGUCAGAUGAUCAUCUUCAAUGAAAGGACGGAAGAGCUUCGCAGCAAGGAUAUCGGCCGAAUCGCCAGCCAAUACUACAUACUUCAUACUAGUAUUCAAGUGUUCAACACUAUGAUGCAGCCACAGGCUACUGAAGCUGAUAUUCUCAAGAUGAUUAGUAUGAGCGGGGAGUUCGACAAUGUGCAGUCCAGAGACACAGAGUCCAAGGAACUGACCCAUCUGAAGAAUGAUGUGGUUCCUUGCGACGUAGAUGGUGGCAUUGACACCCCACAAGCCAAGACCAACAUUCUGCUACAGUCGUACAUCUCAAGGCAGCAGCCGGAAGACUUUGCAUUGUCUAAUGACAUGAACUAUGUAGCCCAGCAAUCUGGACGCAUUUGCCGGGCCUUGUUCAUGCUAGCCCUGAACAGGAAAUGGGGCCACCAGUGUCUCGUUCUUUUGACACUCUCCAAAUCAAUUGAAAAACGAAUCUGGCCGUUUCAACAUCCUCUUCACCAAUUUGAUUUGCCCAAGCCAAUCCUGAAUCAGCUGGAUUCCAAAGAUCAUCUGACCAUGGAAUCGAUGAAGGAGAUGGAACCUGCUGAAAUCGGAAGCAUGGUGCAUAAUCACAGUGCCGGAAAAACUAUUUCAAAAUUCCUGAACCACUUCCCUACCGUACAUGUGGAGGCUGAAAUUGCACCUUUGAACCGAGAUGUUCUUCGAAUAAAACUCUACGUUAUCCCUGAUUUUUCGUGGAAGGACCAGAUUCACGGAACUUCCGAAUCAUUCUACAUCUGGGUCGAGAACUCCGAUACAUCGGAGAUCUAUCACAAUGAAUUCUUUAUCCUUAACAGGCGAAAGCUUCAUGACGAACACGAGCUUAAUUUUACAAUUCCCUUGUCAGAUCCUCUACCAACACAGAUUUAUGUACGAGCAGUGUCUGAUAGAUGGCUUGGUGCUGAAACGGUGACGCCAGUGUCGUUCCAGCAUCUGAUUAGGCCAGACACCGAAAGUGUUUAUACCGAUCUUCUCAACUUACAGCCUCUCCCCAUUUCAGCUCUCAAGAAUCCUGGCCUAGAGGAUAUUUACGCGCAGCGAUUUCAGUUCUUUAAUCCAAUGCAGACACAAAUUUUCCACACCUUGUACCACACCGCAGCCAAUGUUCUUCUUGGGUCUCCUACUGGUAGUGGUAAAACUGUAGCGGCAGAGCUUGCCAUGUGGUGGGCUUUCCGAGAACGGCCCAAGUCUAAGGUGGUUUAUAUUGCUCCAAUGAAAGCUCUUGUUCGUGAACGAGUCAAGGACUGGGGAAAGAGACUUGCACGGCCGCUAGGACUCAAGAUUGUUGAGUUGACUGGUGAUAAUACUCCGGACACGAAGACCAUCAAAGAUGCGGAUAUUAUCAUUACCACUCCUGAGAAGUGGGACGGCAUUUCGCGUUCUUGGCAGACAAGAGGAUAUGUCAGACAGGUUUCCUUGGUAAUCAUUGACGAGAUUCAUUUGCUUGCUGGAGAUCGCGGGCCUAUUUUGGAAAUCAUCGUAUCUCGUAUGAAUUACAUUUCCUCAUCAACCAAGAAUAAAGUCCGGCUUCUUGGCAUGUCCACAGCCUGCGCGAAUGCUACCGAUUUGGGGAGCUGGCUUGGCGUGAAAGAAGGUCUGUUCAACUUUAAGCACUCUGUUCGUCCCGUGCCAUUGGAAUUGUAUAUCGAUGGGUUCCCUGAAAUACGGGGAUUUUGUCCCCUGAUGCAGUCCAUGAAUCGUCCCACAUUCCUCGCCAUCAAAAACCAUAGCCCCGACAAGCCUGUCAUUGUCUUUGUUGCUUCUCGACGGCAGACACGCCUCACAGCCAAAGACCUCAUCAACUUCUGUGGCAUGGAAGACAAUCCUCGGCGCUUCUUGCGCAUGGAUGAAGAAGACCUACAACUCAACCUCGCUCGCGUCAAAGACGAUGCCCUCAAGGAAGCCAUCAAUUUUGGCAUCGGGCUCCAUCACGCUGGUCUGGUUGAGUCAGACCGUCAACUCUCGGAAGAGCUCUUCCUCAACAAUAAAAUUCAAAUCCUUGUGGCAACCAGUACCCUGGCGUGGGGCGUCAACCUACCCGCGCACCUUGUCGUCGUAAAAGGAACCCAGUUCUAUGACGCCAAGAUAGAAGGUUACAAAGAUAUGGACCUCACAGAUGUCCUUCAAAUGCUCGGUCGAGCGGGGCGUCCUCAGUUUGACAACUCUGGUGUGGCCAGAAUCUUCACCCAGGACUCCAAAAAGGAUUUUUAUAAACACUUCCUCCACACUGGCUUCCCGGUUGAGUCUUCUCUCCAUACUGUCCUCGAUAACCAUCUCUGCGCCGAAGUUUCAGCCGAGACCAUUGUUACGAAGCAAGACGCGCUAGACUACUUGACUUGGACAUUUUUCUUCCGCCGGUUGCACAAGAAUCCAUCGUACUACGGUUUAGAGCUCUCUGCCGAGGAACACUCUACUAUUGCUGCACAACAGCUUGCCAAUGAGUACAUGGUCGAAAUGGUCAACAAGUCUCUCAGCGAACUUGCCGAGUCUAGAUGUGUUGAGGUGUUUCCGAAUGGAGACGUAGACCCCACGCCUCUCGGCAAGAUCAUGAGUUACUACUAUCUCUCACACAAGACAAUAAGGCAUCUGGUCCGGCACGCGAAAUCACAGGCUUCAUUCCUCGAUGUGCUAUCGUGGAUGUCCCGUGCCAUCGAGUACGACGAAUUGCCUGUCCGUCAUAAUGAAGAUCUUAUCAAUGACACACUGUCUUCAAAUCUUCCGUACCCGGGACAUGCAUUUGGGCUGCCUAUGUGGGAUCCCCAUGUUAAGGCGUUCUUGUUACUACAAGCACACAUGUCGAGGAUUGAGCUCCCCAUCACCGAUUACGUAGGUGACCAGACAUCAGUCCUUGACCAGGCCAUUCGAAUCAUUCAGGCCUCUAUCGAUGUUCUCACGGAACUAGGCUACUUGUCAUCGUGCAUGCAAAUGAUCACCCUUUUGCAAUGUAUCAAAUCCGCGCGAUGGUCGACAGACCCCGUUUUGUCUAUCCUUCCUGGCGUCGAGCCUGAAUCGGUCAAAGAUGACAUGCCACUCAGCAGACUGAGCGCACUAAAGCCAGGCGAGGUCAAUCAUUUAUCCAGGAAGCUUGGGCUCAAGACGACCCAAGAACAGUCCCGGUUUUCUCGAGCAGUGUCCCUGCUGCCCAACGUAUCCAUCUCGGCUGCGGAUGUCACGGCACUUUCUAUAACAGUGAACAUCAAGCGUGUCAACCCUCUCGUGGAUAGGGAUGCUCGCAUCUACGCCCCGAAAUUUCCUAAGCCACAGACAGAAGGCUGGUUUGUCAUCAUUGCGGAUACAACGAGGGAUGAAGUCAUCGCCGUGAAGAGAGCGACAUGGGCAUCACCGGGUAUGAAGUCUCUUGGCCAGGGCAGCACACCAUUUGCCAAGUCGGUGAUCAAGUUGCCCGAGGCGGUGGACGGGCAAGCCAGAAAAGUAGAUGUAUUGGUGGUAAGCGAUAGCUAUGUAGGUCUGGAGCAUAAGCUUGACGGCGUGGAUGUUCCUGGAAUGCCAAAGGUGGAUGACGGGGUUGACAUAAAGAAGGGGAAAGUCUGA